AUGUGUCAAGGUGGUGGUCGGCAGCCCCCGCAUGCUGUCGUAGGCAAGUACCACCUGCUAGUGAAAAGUGGAAACAAACAUAUCUUCAAGUCUGAAGAAAACAUGUUGUACCCAUUUCUUUUCAACCCAUGGUGUGAGGAGGAUGUGAUUUUCAUGGCUGAUGAGACAGAACCCCUGCUUGGUGUCAUCUCACAGCUGAGAGCACUGGGCAUCCCAGCAUGCAGCAUGACCGCCUACGAUUCAGCCCAUGACACUGAAAAUAGCCUCACAGAAGAUACCUACCUGAAUGAGACAGGCGCCAUCUCUAGCAUGAAUGAGAUUCCAUCUGACAUAUCUCUGUCCAUCAGAGUGUAUUUGUGCUCCCCUGAGGAGAGGGAGGUCAUGGACCAUGCCUUCUCUUUCCGGAGUUAUGAGAGUGAGUACAAACGACCCCAAAAAGAGGACCUUCUUUAGAUGUAUGUCCAGGCAGAUCCUGUGCUGCUGGGAAACCCUAUCAAGUUCACCAUCACUCUCAAAAGAAAGACAGACAGCUACCCCAAAGACUGUCACAUCUCGGGCUCCCUUGAACUUCAGACAUACACAGGCAAAAAUGCCACCAGCCUGGGUGGCACCAUGCAGAAGAAAGUUCAAGCAUCUGAAGAGACUCUGCCCUUGGACUCCAAUACCUACAUGGGCAGCCUGUUUGAUGAUGAACCAAUCAUCAAAAGUUUCAUAAUUGCAGGAAUUCUAGAGUCCAAGGAAACGACUGCCUCUCAGGAGUUUGCAUCUUUCCAGUACCCUGAGCUCUCUGUAGAGCUGCCCGACGCAGGCAGAAUUGGCCAGCCACUUAUCGGCACUUACAUCUUCUAAAAUGCCCUGCACAUCCGUUUGACAGACACCAAGUCCUCUGUGGAUAGCCUGGGCGUCUCCCCGCUGCAGACCAUUGACCAAGGGGUGAUGCAUGUCUGUGUGUCUGAAUUUUCCAGGACGGUGAAGCCAGGUGAGACCAUUAGAUUCCAAAUAAAAGGCAUCCCAACAAUAGCUGGACUUGAGAAAUUUAUCAAGUUUAGUUCCAAUCAGUUGAAAGAGGUUCAUGCUGAGAAAACUGUUCUCAUCACAACUAGCCUUUGCCUGAUGCCUUGGAAAGAGGCAGCAGCUCUGACUGGCUCUAAGCCUUGGCUGAGCAUUUCAGCAUUUCCUGCUUUGGGAUUAGCUUUCAGAUAAUUAGAUUUUAUUACUCAUUAGAUUUCAGAUGAUUAGAUUUGAUUACUCAUAUGAGGGCAGAUUCAAGAGCCAGCUGGGUGAAAGUUAGCAUUCAAAGGCCAACACAAACCACAGGCAGCAGGACCCACUAGGCCAGGUCAUGUGGAAUCACAGGGUAGCCUGUUGACAUCUAGAAACGCCCAGCCUGGGCCACAGAACCUCACCUCCCUGCCUUGAGUCAUGGCCUCAAAGAGCAGGGCCACCACUAUCUGCAGUCAGAACCAAAGGCGUCCACAGCCACAGAGUCCCUCCCUGGAGACACAGGCUAUCAGAAGCUGCUGCCCACUUGCCCCGUGAGGAGGGACCACCUCUUUAGCCCCAGAGUGCAUCAGCCCUGGAAGCACCAGCCAAGUAGCGUCUUCUGCCAGAACUGGACUGGGCCUGCUGGAAAUAUAUUCUCUCCUCGCUAUUGUCUGCCUGAA